AUGAUUAAUGCUGUUGGAGGUUCUAUUGCAGUUGGUUGGGGAGUUGCAGCAGCUGUUGUUAUUACAGAAGAUGAUUCCGGAGGAGAUCCUUCUGAAAAGUUCGACGAAUCUGACGAGCUCGAUGAGAACUCGGCAGAAGCCGAACAAACCACCGAAAGUCUGGAGGACGGUGACAGUGACACCGAGUCGACGUCCAUCUGA